GUCACGCAGCUGACCGCGGCCCGCAUCCGCUACGCCAACGCUGCGACGGGCACGGGCAGCGCGAUAAAAUCCGCCGCGGCCGCCUCCACCCACCUCGACGCUCGCUUCUCCAAAUCCCCCCUUCGCCUUGCGAGGGGGCGGAGGGGAGGUGGUAGUGGUAGGGUAUACAGGAGUGCUCUGCCCAUGGAGAAGGCGGGGCAACAACGCCAUGUUAUCGGCGGCGGCGGCAAGAAGGCGCCCGCGCUGGGGCUGCAGAAGCAGAACUCGUGGUCGCCGGACAUCGAGCGCGACGAGGCGUGGGAGCGCCGGCGCAGGGGCAUGCGCCGCGGGGGCACGGCGCUGCGCCGCGCCCGCAGCGUCACGGACGACGACCUCGACGAGCUCCGCGGCUGCAUCGACCUGGGCUUCGGCUUCGAGCCGGCGCACGCCGCCGCGUGCGCGUGCGCCUGCGCCUGCGCCGGGAGGAACCGCCUCCUGGAGACGCUGCCCGCGCUCGACCUCUACUACGCCGUCCACGGCGGGGCGGCGGAGGCGCCGCCGUGCUCGUGCGGCGCCGCGUCGGAGGCGUCCUCGUCCGAGGAGUCGCCGCUCGGCAGCCCCAUGUCCAUACUCUCUCCAGGCGACACGCCGGAGACGGUGAAGAUGCGGCUGAAGCAGUGGGCGCAGGUGGUUGCGCUGUCCAUGCUGAGCCGCCACUGAGCUCUCCGGGCCACGGCCGCCGCUACCUUGUCGCAUUGGGAGUAGAGAGAAAAAACCAUUCGAGAUGCACACAACAGCAGAAGGAAGGAAUCUCCGGCGGUCGCCUCAAGCAGAAAAAAGACGAAGAGAAAAAAAAAUCUGUUAGGGUUUGGUCAUUUGGUGGGCCGCCGCCGCCUUCCACCUUGCUCGUCCUAUCUUGGACUGCUAGCUAAUCAUCUUUCUUCCACCAUGAUUGUAUGAUUCCGUUGGAGACAAAACAUCAUGCCUAAUUACUUUGCUUGCUUAUU